UGCAGCAGAAAGACAUCACCAUGGCUUGCAAGGCUUCAAGGUUUUGUGAGGUUUGUCUGUUUUUCUUGGUGUUUGGUGCAAACAUUGCAAUGGGUCAAGAUGGUGAAACUAGUAGAGCAAUGGUUCCAGCCUUGUUCAUCUUUGGUGACUCCUUGAUUGACAAUGGCAACAACAAUGAUUUGCCAUCUUUUGCAAAAGCUAACUAUUUUCCUUAUGGCAUUGAUUUCAAUGGCGGCCCCACUGGAAGAUUCUCCAAUGGCUAUACCAUGGUUGAUACAAUAGCUGAGUUGCUGGGAUUGCCCUUGAUCCCUCCUUACUCUCAAGCUUCUGGUGAUCAAAUUAGAUAUGGAGUCAAUUAUGCAUCUGCUGCUGCUGGCAUUCUUGAUGAUACAGGCAGGAAUUUUGUGAGCCGUAUUCCAUUCAACCAGCAAAUCAAGAACUUUGAGAGCAGUCUUGAACAGAUUAAAAGCAGUAGUGGUGCACAAGAUGUGAGCAAGGAUCUGGCUAAGUCCAUCUUCUUUGUUGGAAUGGGUAGUAAUGACUACCUCAACAACUACCUCAUGCCUAAUUACGAUACCAAGGAUCACUACAAUCCUCAGCAGUUUGCAGAUCUCUUGGUGCAGCAAUACUCUCAGCAGCUCACUAAUCUGUACAAUCUUGGAGCUAGGAAAUUUGUGAUAGGAGGGAUUGGGCUAAUGGGAUGCAUUCCAAGCAUUUUGGCACAGAGCAGUAAUGGAGUCUGCUCAGAUGAAGUAAACCAGCUUGUUCAGCCCUUCAACUUGAACACAAAGACCAUGGUCAACAAUCUUAUUACUACAAAACCAGGAUCUGUUUUUACUUACAUCGACAUUGGGAAUAUGUUUCAAGAUCUCAUCUCCAAUGCAGGAUCAUAUGGAUUUAGUGUUCUAAACGAAGGUUGCUGUGGGAUUGGGAAGAACAGUGGGCAGAUCACCUGUCUUCCUUUCCAGACACCAUGCCCGGAUAGGAGCAAGUACAUAUUCUGGGAUGCAUUCCACCCGACAGAAUCCGUUAACGUCUUGUUUGGACAUAAGGCUUUCAAUGGGAGCAGUAACUUUGCCUAUCCCUUCAGCAUACAGCAACUUGCCAACUUCUGAUCUUGCUCUAGUCUUCUAAUGUACUUUCUCCUCUAUAUUAGCUAUUGUUGUUUGGUUUAGCUGUAUGAAAUC